AUGGAGGAAAUGAGGGAGGAAGGGAUCAUGAAGAAACUAGGAAAGCCUGUACCCAUCGCCGCUGCGGUGGUUGGGGUUCUUGUGAUCACAGCAUUCAUAAUGACGGUGAUCCUAUCGGUUACAGUUUACAGAGGAAAGGACCCCAUAACCAUGGUGGAUGGGGUGGUCUUAAGGGACCUGCACAUUUCUCACAAAGUGCCUAAACUCACUGUAGAUUUAAAUCUCUCUGUGAAGAACCCCAACAAGGAGGCCUUCAGGCCCACCAAAGGCACUGCACUCUUGGUCUAUAGGGGUGUGCCGAUGGGCGAGGCCGUUAUAGACACAGGAGAGAUAGCCGCCGGCGCCACUAAAUCCAUGACUGUCACGCUCUCCAUUAUGCCUGAGCGUUUGCAGGGGAAUCCCGAGAUUUAUAUGGAGGUGAAGGCGGGUAUGGUGCCCUUCAACACUUACACCAAAAUCUCCGGCAAAGUGAAGGUUUUCAACAUGGUUAAGGUCAAUGUGAUCUCCACCGGCUUAUGCGGUUUUGCUGUUGAUGUCAAGAGCAAGACAGUUGGGGAGCCCAAGUGUUCAUAG